AUGUCGAGUGUUCAGCUAAGCGAGGGCAUCAUCCGGUCCAUCUUCACCGAUGUUGAGAAAUACCACAAGCCAGCCGGGGGCAUCUUUCAAUGUCAUAGAACGCGUAAGAAUGAUCCCUCUGUCCAGACUAAUAGAAAGAACCUUAUUGUGAUCUCAGAUGGUGUCUACAGAGUGAAAGCUCUGUUAAGAAACGACGCGGUCCGAAAGGCACGCGAUAUGCAGUUGAAUGUAGGGGACAUAUUUCGAAUGACGCGUGGCGAACCUGCUAUCGUGAAGGAGAAGAAAAAGUACGUGGUUCUCAUCGACGACAUCGAAGUCUUGGAGCAAGGUGCUGAAAUUCGCGGCCCAGGAUGUGAUCUCAUCGACGUAUACUUGAGCGCCAACCCUGGGGAAGUGGUGUCAUUGGAUGAGUUUGCACAGCCACCGGCCCCAGCUCCAGCUGCUGUCCCCGAGCCAGGUCAACAGCAGAAUGCACAACAACAAUACCAAAAUACCCCACAAUACGCACCCCAGCAAGAGCAGUACAACGGCGGAAGGAGCGGUACUAUCCAGCCUUCCUCUUCCCAAAAAAGUCGACCCAUUUUUGCCAUCGAGCAACUCUCUCCGUAUCAGAAUAUGUGGACGAUCAAGGCAAGAGUAUCAUUUAAAGGGGACAUCAAGACAUGGAGUAACCAGAAGGGCGAAGGAAAGCUAUUCAACGUUAACCUGUUGGACACGUCAGGUGAAAUAAGAGCUACUGCGUUCAACGAUAAUGCUGUCAAAUACUACGAGGUGUUACAAGAGGGCAGAGUGUACUUUGUCUCUAAGGCCAGAAUUCAGCCUUCCAAGCCUCAGUUUUCUAACCUGUCACACCCUUACGAACUGCAGCUGGACCGGGACACUGUCAUUGAAGAGUGUUACGAUGAAGUUGAUGUACCAAAAAUGAACUUCAGUUUCGUUAAAGUCAAUGCAGUGGAGACAAUGGAGCCCAGCUCAACUGUUGAUGUGCUGGGAAUCAUUCAAACCGUCAACCCACCCUUCGAAAUAACGUCAAAAGCCGGAAAGAGAUUCGAUCGUCGUGACAUUGUGCUCGUCGAUGACACUAACUAUUCCGUCAAUGUGGGAUUGUGGGGAAAGCAGGCAUUGGAUUUUAAUUUGCCUGAGGGCUCCGUUCUUGCCAUAAAAGGUGCAAGAAUUACCGAUUUCAAUGGUAAAGGAAUGUCCAUUGGCUUCAACAGCACUUUACAUCCAAGCCCAGAAGUACCAGAGGCUUUUAAUUUGAAAGGCUGGUACGAUUCUGCUGGACGUGGUCAACAAUUCCACUCUCUGAAGCAGGAGCCUUUCCCAGGUGGUGGCAACAAGGCCAAAUUCAUUGCAGAUCGUAUUACUAUUGCCAAAGCGCAAGCUGAAAAUCUAGGUAUGAGCGAGAAAGGCGACUACUUUAACAUCAGAGCUGCUGUCAACUUUUUGAAGGUCGACAAUUUUGCCUAUCCCGCCUGCGCAAACGAAGGUUGUAAUAAGAAGGUUAUUCAAAGUUCAGAUGGUACUUGGAGAUGCGAAAAGUGCGAUGUGGAUCACGAAAAGCCACAAUGGAGGUAUAUGCUGACAGUCUCUGUAUUAGAUGAAACGGGCCAAUUGUGGAUGACGUUGUUCAACGAACAAGCCGAACAACUGCUGGGUACGGAUGCGGGCACCCUUAUGGAUUUGAAGGACAACGAUGCCGAAGAGUUUACUAAGGCAACACAGAAGAUACAAAUGUAUCAGUACGAUUUCAGAAUUAGAGCCAGAGAGGAUAACUACAAUGAUCAAACACGCAUACGGUAUUCCGUAACAAAUGUUCAUAGCCUUAACUUCAAGGUGGAAGCUGACUACUUAGCGGAGGAGUUGGGAAAGGCCUUUUUGAGCUGA